AUGUCUACGAGUUCCUCCGACUCUGAGAAUGAUUCGGACGACUCGGAAUUUAACUAUAUUUCGAAUUACGUGUUUGAAGAAGAAAACAAUGCAGUAACUAAAGCCGAAAACUCCGAGGAAACCGACGAAGACGAUGUCUACAGAGACGAACCUUUGGCCGAUGAAAAGUGGCUCGAAAGUUAUCAUGCAGAGAAGAAGAAGAUCGAGGAACGCGACAGGGAGUUGGAGAACAGAUUUAUUGGCCACAUAUCGAUAAAUUCAUGGUGCAAAUGUGGUCGUUGUAAAUCAGAAUAUUUACAAAAUUCAAAUGAAUACGUUUGUUGCAAAGAAAUAGAUAGCUGUGUUGAUGCUCUAGCGAAUGAAGAGGUUCUAGAAGACACACAAACUUUGCCGGCGUGCAUCACAAAUCACCCUGGAUUCAAUACCGUAUGUUUAGACAAAUGGUCUCUGAAAACAUCCGCUGAGAAAUUUAGAUGUCGGGAUAGAUCAAAAUAUAAACAACGAGGAUCUCAA